UCUCACUACUUCCGCCAACACUUGUUCAAACGAAAACAAACCUUCACUAAAUGCUUAAUGUCUGCUUGCAUUGCGAAUUUCUUUUACGGACUUAUUUAUUAUUACAGCUUAACUAUAGUUGUUGAAUACUAUUCAUCUGUAUAAAUUAUGACUAACUUAUUAACGUCUGCCUUAAAAAACCUUUCGAUUAAUCCAAAAAAUCCUGAUUUCGCUUCCAGUAACGAUAGCGAUUGCAAAAUAAGUUAUAAAGGCUCUAGUCAAGAUUUAAAAUUAAAGGCUUCCCUUGAUAAUUCCAGCUUCGUAUUAUGGAAAGAUGCUAUGAAAAUGGUUGCUCGCUUACCAGAUGGCAUUCCACCUGAUUUCAGAAGACAGUUGUGGUUGAGUCUUGCUAAAAGACAUUUAGAAGGUAAAUCUGCUCUUUUAGAGAAAGCAUUUUCUGUUUGCUUAGGUGAGAAAUGUGAUCCAGAUGAAAGUGAACUUGGAACUCAAAUAAUUAAGGAUCUUCAUCGAACUGGUUGCAGUCCUUUUAGUGGUGAAGUAGCUCAACAAAACCAAACUCACUUAAAACGUGUUCUUCUAGCGUAUGCAAAAUGGAAUCCUAGCGUAGGUUAUUGUCAAGGUUUUAAUAUGCUAGCAGCUAUUAUUCUAGAAGUUGUUGAAUGGAAAGAAGAGGAUGCUCUUUUAGUUAUGAUAUUUCUGAUUGAAGAAGUAUUGCCAGAAAGUUAUUUUGCUAAUCAUUUGCGUGGUUUAUCUGUUGACAUGGCUGUCUUUAGAGACCUUCUCCGCCUACGCCUGUCUAGCUUAUCUGCUCAUUUAGAUAGACUGCAGUCAAAUACCCAGGAUUCAUGCACAGGACAUAUUUAUGAGCCUCCACUUACCAAUGUCUUUACAAUGCAAUGGUUUCUGACCUUAUUUACAACCUGCCUUCCAAAAGAUACUGUACUGCGGGUCUGGGAUUUGAUUUUCCUGGAAGGCAAUGAAGUACUAUUGAGAGCUGCUCUAGCCAUUUGGGAUGGAUUAGCUGAUAGAAUCAUGGCUGUUGAGAGUGCAGAUGAAUUUUAUUGCAUAAUGGGUGUUCUCACGCGUGAGAUUUUAGAGUUUGGUCUCAUGGAUGCAGAUAUGUUUGUUAAGACUAUGUGCACUCUUGCCCCGUUCCCUUUCCCUCAACUGCAGGACCUCAGAGACAGUUAUACUUAUAACAUUCAACCGUUCACAUCUUCACUCUCAUCUGAUGCUGAACUGCAAAUAUUUUCUGGAGAAGGUGAUGAAGAUGAUGAGGAUUUGAAUACCACAAAAUGGUAUUUCUCUAACGAGCUUCAGUGGUACAAGAAAAAGGGUCUUCUAAGUUCUGCAGCAAUCGGUAAUGUCGGACCAGGAGCUUAUGGCGCUUCAGAAAACAAUUUCCCCCUGUCUUUUAACAAUUUCAACACAGAACGUAUGACACUGGAUAUUUCUUCCUUAAAAAAGCAAUACAUGAAGUUGAGAGAAAGACAGAAACAAGCUCAUGUUAUACUCUCAGGUGCCUUUCAAAACCACUUUCAAAUCCCAAGGCGUAACUCUUUGGCUGUUAAUCAUCUCUUAAUGGGCAAACAGCCGCUCGUUCGGAAGAAGUCCCACCAGCCUCAAUUCAUUUUUCCUGAACGAAGCAGCCACCAAAAGUUGGAUGCCUCAAGAAAGACGAAGAGUUUCGAGAGCGAGGAGGACACUUGCGAGGAGUCUAAAUCUUUUCCGAGCCAGGCAGUUUUACCGGUCGGAGCAAUUUCUGAGCCGAUUUAUAAAUUCCCAGCUGUUAACUCAUUAGCUAAGUGCUGUGAUAGCAAAGUAGUUACUUGCAAAAUUAAAAAUCAUCCCAGUCCCCUAAACGUAGUUGCUUCCUCAGAUAUUACGGUGUGCAAUUGUAGCUCAUCUUUUACCUGCCCAUCCCAUGUGAGUGGCGCAGUUUCAGAAAAACCUUCCACCGUGAACCCUUUUCCAACUAAAAGAAGAGUUGGUUCUAUGAAAAAUAAGAGAACAUAGUAGACAUCGGAAAUCAGUUUCAAAUUGCUAUCCAGAUACAGUGAAAGUUGACCACAAGUAAUCAACUUAUUAUGGUGUUCAACUUAACACAGGUUACAUUGUUUUUGAGCCUUUUUGUAGUUCAUGUGUCAAAUUGCUAUCCAGAUACAGUGGAACCAGUGUAAGUUGACCACAAGUAAUCAACUUAUUAUGGUGUUCAACUUAACAGGUUACAUUGUUUUUGAGCAUUUUUGUAGUUUUUCGUGUCAAAUUGCUAUCCAGAUACAUUGUAACCCAUGUAAGUUGACCACAAGUAAUCAACUUAUUAUGGUGUUCAACUUAACAGGUUACAUUGCUUUUGAGCAUUUUUGUAGUUCAUAUGUCAAAUUGCUUUCCAGAUAUAGUGGAAUCCAUGCAAGUUGACCACAAGUAAUUAACUUACUGAGUUGUUCAACUUAACUGGUUACAUUGUACAUUGUCCGUAAGCAUUUUUGGGUGAUUGUAAGUUAAAUGUUUUAAGUGUUCAAAACAUAACAAGUUAAAAUUAAUUACAAAAUUAAUAAAUAAAUUAAAAUUAAAUUAAUUGAAAAAAUUUAUUUAUUAUUAAAGAGAAAAAAAAAGUUUUUUAAACCAUAUUAGUGCUACAGUUUCAGGAAAACCUCUUUCCACUGUGAAUCCGUUUCCAACUAAAACAAGAGUUUGAUCUAUGAAAAAUAAUCAAACUUAAUCAACAUCACGAAUUAAUUUCAAAUUGCUUUCCAGAUACAGAGAAACUUAUUAGUUGCCCACUACUAACUAACUCACUGAGGUGUUUUAACUUAAGAUGACACUAUUCCGCAACAGAAACGUUUCAUGACAAAUUCUGAUACACCUCCAUUCAGAGACUGGGGCAGUUGCCCCGGGCCCCCAAGUCGAAUUAAAAGUUUAUUUUAGGUUUCAUUCAUUAAUGAAAUUGUUUUUAAACAAAAUAUCUGUACAGUGUAAAAUCCGUCAGUUUUAUGUUAUUACUGAAACUGAGGGGGCCCCCAAA